UGGGCCGGGCCGCGGGCCUGGCACUGGGGCUGGGCCUGGGCCUGGUCACGGGAGGGCGGCGGCUCCUCAGGGCCGGUGGCGCGGCGGAGCAGUGCCUGUCCCGGGGGAUCAGCUCGGAUCAGCGCCCGAAGCGGCCCCUCACCGCCUAUUUCCGUUUUAUGAUGGAAAACCGUUCGGCGUUCAGGGAAAAGAACCCAGAAGCGAGCAGCACAGAGCUGACUAAAAAAUUAGCAGGUGCUUGGAAGGAGUUACCAGCAGCACAGAAGCAGGUUUACGAGGAAGCAAAGAAGACAGACUGGCAAAGAUACGGGGAGCAGCUGGCCAAAUACAAAGCCCAGCUAACUCCAGCCCAGGCUGCAGCUUUGAAAGAGGAAAGGAGAAGACAACUGGCAAGGAGAAGAUCACUCCGGGCAAAAAGAGAAUUGACUGUGCUUGGGAAACCUAAAAGACCUCGUAGUGGCCUUAACAUUUUUGUGGCAGAAAAAUUUCAGGAAAGUGAAGGGAUUUCACCUGCGGCAAAGCUGAAGAAAUUAUUUGACACGUGGCAAAAACUCUCCCCUUCUCAAAAGCAGCCAUACCUGCAGCUUGCCGAAGACGACAAGGUUCGGUAUGAGAACGAAAUGAAGUCGUGGGAAGCAAAAAUGGUUGAACUGGGACGUGAGGACCUGGUGCGUUCCAAAAAGAAAAGGCUAAAAAAGAAGCCUGCUGGAACUGCAAAGCAAGCUGGGACAGCCAGAACUUCCUUGGGUAGCAAGGCAAAGUUAAAGUUGAAAAAAACAGAGGAGUAAAAUGGUUAAGUAUUUUAUAUUUAA